AUGGCGCUGGCAACCACCACCCACACAGCCCAGCAAGUCAUCUCGGCCCUCAACCUCACUUCCCACCCCGAGAAAGGCUACUACAUUGAGACUUUCCGCGACCCGAACACCACCCCCGAGGGCCGCGCCCCCAGUACCUAUAUCUACUACCUCCUUGAGGGCGAGUCCGGCGUCUCACAUUGGCACCGCGUGCUGGACACUGUCGAAGUCUGGCAUUACUACGCUGGUGCCCCACUGCAGCUCUCGCUAGCCUGGGAUGAUGGCACGGCAGUGCGCGACCUUGUCCUAGGCCCGGACAUCUGGACCGACCAGCGACCACAGAUUGUGAUUGAACGCGGGGAGUGGCAGCAUGCCUUGUCGUUAGGGGACUGGACCUUGGUGGGAUGCUCCGUGGCCCCAGGCUUCGAAUUUGGGGGGUUUGAGAUGGCAGAGCCGGGGUGGGAGCCGAAGGGGCUGGUGGCCGGGGAAGAUGAUGACGGGAAGGGGCAGGAGAAGAUGAAGAACUGA